UGAGGGAUUUAUGAUAGGCCCUUUCGAUCAUCCUCCUUUCUCCGUAUUCCGUAUCAGUCCCAUCGGUGUCGCCACACGCAAAUACUCGGGGAAAAAGAGGCUGAUCAUUGACCUGUCGUCCCCACACGGCUCCGACAUCCCGAGCAUCAACAGCCUUAUUCCUAGCCCGGAUUUCUCCAUGCAGUACGCCACCAUUGACCACGCCAUGGCACUGAUUCGUCUGGCGGGACACGGAGCAUGGCUGUCUAAGGCUGAUAUCACUAGCGCAUUCAAGGUCUUGCCCAUUCACCCCGACUUCUGGUGUUAUUUCAGUUUCUGCUGGAAGGGGGCUUACUACUUCUCCGUGCGUCUCACUUUCGGCUGCAAGAGCAGUCCCAAAAUCUUUGACUCUUUAUCCGAGGCUCUAUGCUGGAUCCUCUCCAACAAUUACAGGCUCCCCUACGUCCUUCAUCUCCAUGACGAUUUUCUGGUCGUGACUCCCCCGUCCUCACCUCCUCGCCACGGUCUCACUACACUUACAUCUGCAUUUUCCGACCUUGGUGUCCCUCUGUCCGAAGAAAAAACUUCAGGACCUGGCACAUCCAUCGAGUUUCUGGGCAUCACUCUGGACUCAAUGUCAUUCCAGGCUUCCCUGCCCUUGGAGAAAGUGCAGCGCAUCUCGCUGCUCUUGUCUAAUUAUCUCCUGACAGACAGGUGCACCAAACGCCAGCUGCUCGCUCUCCUUGGGCACCUCAAUUACGCCAUCCGCAUAAUUCCACAGGCAAAAUCUUUUCUUUCUCAACCGCUGACCAAAGCUGCAUCCAUUCCCUCUCUCCACGACCACGUGGUUCUGGACGACACUUGUAAAACAGAAAUGCGCAUGUGGCAGCAAUUUCUGUCAUUCCGGAACGGCAUCUCAUUCUUCUAUGACGACUUCAUCACCCAUCCCGAGGACAUUCAACUCUACACGGACGCGGCUCCCUCCGUAGGUUUCGGCGGGUAUUACGGGGGGAGGUGGUUUGCUGCCGCUUGGCCCUCCGAGUUCGAGUCCCUCAACACAGAGUCACGCUCUCCCUCGUCUGCUCUGUACGAGCUGUACCCCGUGAUCAUCGCCACUCUAAUCUGGGGGCAAGAAUGGUCAAAAAAAUGCAUCAAUAUUCUCUCUGACAACACAGCAGUAGUAGAUAUAAUCAAUAAAGGCCGUUCCCGUUCCCCAGCCAUCAUGCCAUUCACCCGCAGACUCACUCUCAUCUCCGCUCAGUAUCAAUUCAUCCUCCGCGCAUCUCACAUUCCCGGUCACCACAAUGCCAUCGCUGACUCACUCUCCCGCUUCUCCUUCCAGAAAUUCAGAUGCUGGGCUCCAGACUCGGAUGUCCAUCCCACACCAAUCCCACCAUUUUCAGCGACCAUAUUCAGCUAA